AGAACACGGAACUGGUAGCACGCUCAGUCCGACAUGCCGACAUAGCACCUCGAUGCAGUCGAUGAGACGCAGCUUCAGCCCGGACAGCUUCGUCAGAGGCCCCCAUCCACUGGCCCCACGUUCCCUUCACGUCUACACCAGGGGCGCACUUCUCACAUCUGGGUUCGCUUAUCACCCGAGGCUCUUCGAUCUAAAUAUCCACCCGAUCAUGUGGGACAAGUUCACCAGUCAGAUUGUGGCCACUGCUAGGCUAAGCCCAGCCGAACGGGCUCGCGUCUGGGCGGUCGGGACUGCAGCUGCCAUGACCACUUCAUUUCCAGAGAGCUGCCACAUCGGACAGAACAAGAGUCGGCGCAUACAGGAGAGCAAGGUCAGAGAAGGACUCCAGAAUGGGUCUGAAGAUAGUCUAGGCGAUCUGCUCCAUCAGUGGAAUGCGGGAUACUUUUCAGAACGAGGACUACUCGCGCGACUUGACCUGAACGAAGCGGUUCAGAACUCAUCUCCGCAGCAAAGCAAGGCCAUGCGACGGGGGUCUCAUUGGUAUGCGCACAAAGAGGACCGUGAAUUGGUGCGCGCAGAGCGCAAGUUCUCUAUUGUCAUCACUCAAAUUCAGCAUGGUGAGGGGCUUGCAGACUCGGUACAAACGUCUUACUCUUCAGGCAACACCAGCCCCUCUUCCGACCAGAAGAGUAGCAUAGAGGUGACUGGAUUCAAGCCGCUGCCAGAACUCCCCACGGGCGCCCAUCCCUUGAUCGAUGUCAUGAAUUAUUGGACCAACUUCGAUAAGCCGAACCAACAUCCGGAUGCGCUGCCAACCGCCAACCAAUUUGCAGAACUCGAAGGUGACAGUCACCGGAUUCUACUAAAUGAUCAGGCCAUCGUGCCUGAAGACCCCUUCAUCGGACCGCUGCCCUUGGAGGAGUACAGUGAAUUCAUCUCCCAAUUGUAUUCGCAAGUCGCCGGACAGCAGAGUACAGUAGCGACACAGCCCGCCUCCAAGCUGCAGCCAAUAGAGGAUGAGUCGCAAAUGGUGGCCGAAACCCAUCCUUUACCCCUGACGCAGGAAACAAUGUCAGAGCAGGAAGCCAUGGGCAACUGGCCUCUGCCGCGCGAUCUACCUCCGAAUGGAAAUCUACUGGCACAAGCCGAAGUGGCCAAAGCGUGUACGGCUGAACCAGUGGCUGCUCAUAGUGAAAUGACCCCAAAAUAUCGUACAGCGCAGCCCGCGCAGUACAGGUUGUACCCGAAUAUGUCUCCAACAGAGCGAUCAGUCCGUUCAUUCAGGACUACAGGCUCUACGCUUGAGAUUGCACCUUCCGUGCAGUCCACGGCUAUUCCUAGGGACAUCGAGGAACCCCGAAGUAAAGCCAUGGCCAGCCCUACUGCAUCAUUCUUCUUGCCACUGGAUAUGAAAGGCGUUGGUACGACGUUGGACUUCGAUCCACAACUGACAAUCAAGGACAUGGCCACCGCGCACUGAUGUUGAAUUUCAGCGUUUGCAGACGAUACGUGGGGAUGUAUGGGCGUCUCCGGUCAUGGGCAUGGCGGGCCAAGGUUGAGCUCAUAGACAUUGUCGAAGAUCGGCAACGAGUGCCCGUUUACAAAUCGUAAUACUGGGCGACACGAAGCACCAUGACCUUAUUCAUCGCUUGAUGCGACAAAGGAAUAAAAAGGCUAAUCACAAAGCACACGCCGUCAAAUUGAGAUAGUAUGUGACCUUUCGCUUCAUCCAGGACGAGAAUUAUAGCGACGAUUGUUCCGUGAACAGUCGUUGCGUCAACUUUGCAAAGCAUGCUACAGUUGUUUUCAAGAUCAGCCAGAUAUCUGUUCUAGCACAGCAUUAAUUUAGUGAC